GAACCAGGAAGGGUUUCGGCUGCCGGAGCCUGGGAGCGGUGUGGGGUCUGAGAGUGGAGCGAAAGGCUGCAGCUACACAUUAUUGGCUAGACUCCUCUCACAAGAGGCGUAACAAGGCGUGCUCGAAAUCAUUUGUGAUGGCUACUACUGAAAUGGAAUCUGGGUCUACAGAAAGCAGGUCCGAGCAAGGAUCGUCGGACCCCGAUUCGAAAUACCCACUUAAAGUUCUUUACUGUGGAGUGUGCUCCCUACCUACAGAGUACUGCGAGUACAUGCCCGAGCCAGCCAAAUGUAGGCAGUGGCUUGAGAAGAACUUUCCAGAUGUGUUUGCCAAGAUGACUGUAGGUCCCUCUGGUCCGGCAGGAAAUGCUCCCAAACAGGAAUCCGGCACUGGAGAAGCUCCCCCUACAGGCGAAGAGGAGGAGAAGAAGAAGCAAAAACGAGGCGGAAGAGGCCAAAUUAAACAGAAAAAGAAGACGGUGCCUCAGAAAGUCACAAUAGCCAAAAUUCCAAGAGCAAAGAAGAAAUACGUGACACGAGUGUGUGGCCUGGCAACAUUUGACAUUGAUCUUAAAGAGGCUCAGCGAUUCUUUGCUCAGAAGUUCUCUUGUGGUGCCUCAGUUACAGCCGAGGAUGAAAUAAUCAUUCAGGGAGAUUUUACAGAUGACAUAAUUGACGUCAUUCAAGAAAAGUGGCCUGAGGUGGAUGAUGACAGCAUCGACGAUCUGGGUGAAGUCAAGAAGUAAAGACCAAAUAUGCACUUUCACUGGGAUGGAUGUGACCUGUAACAUCAACAACAACCUGGCCAAAUGUACACAUUAAGUCAUUUUAUACCUAUUUUAUUUACUGUACAUAAAAAGGUGCGGACUUGGCCACUCACUUGGCGGCAGUUGCAUUUUUAUUUUGUUUUUUUUGUUUUUUAGUCAAUAGCUGCUUUCUCUUGUUUGCCAAAGGCGUGGUAUGAAUUAAGUCCUUCACAAAUGUUCUUCACUCAAGCAAAUCUGUAGGCUAAUAAAUUUCAUUCUCCUCCGUC